AUGAACACCAAUCCGGCUCGCCGAGCCAACAUCUUGACGGCGACUGCUUCAGAGCUUCAGGCCCACCUGACCUUCGGACGCUUCACCAGCGUUGAUCUCGUUCGGUUAUGUCGUCAGCACAUCCUGUACCACGAUGGCUACUUGCGUGCCAUGAUAUCACAAGCCCCUGGAGAAACGGUGCUCACUCGGGCCCGGCUGCUAGAUGACGAGAGAAAGCAGGGUAAAGUCAGGGGACCACUGCACGGUCUCCCGAUCGUGGUCAAAGACAAUAUUGCUACCCAUCCUUCCCUUGGUAUGAAGACGACUGCUGGCAAUUUUGCAUUGGCCGAGUCUGUGGUGAAGAGAAAUGCGGAAGUGAUCGAUCUGGAAUUGUCUGGCUUCAAAGGAGAGGGCGUCCCCAGUGGUUGGUCGGCCGUGGGUGGUCAGGCCAACUCCGCUUACAUGCCAGAAGGUCUACAGGAGGAGGAUAUUCCCGUUGGACACACGAACCCGUCAGGUUCCUCAACCGGCUCUGCGACCUCCGUUUCUGCAGGAUACGCCCCUUUCUCGCUGGGAACCGAGUCCAGUGGCUCUCUAGUCUCCCCUGCGAAUCGCGCUGCCUUGUACACACUGCGAACCCACGGCCUAGUCUCGACGAAAGGCGUCGUGCCGAUCUCGACCACCUUCGACGCCGUGGGACCGAUCGCAAAAUCGGUCGAGGAUCUGGUCAAUCUGUUCCAAGUCAUGGUCGGACCACAAACCGCCGAAAGUCUCCAGCUGCAGAAAUCCCUCGCGACCGAUUGGUCGGAUUGCAAUGUUGCGACCUUGAACCCUCAACAAUGGAUCCGGCACCCCAAACCUGCGCCCGAGCCGGAUAUGGUGACACGGCAAAUGAUUUACGAGAUCAACGAUGCCUAUGCUCGGAUCAGACGCCUAUCCAAAGGCUAUCACCACCACGUGAACCUGCCGCCGGCGGAGAACUAUUGGAUCGACGACAAGAGCGCCACAUGGCAUCUGAUGCAAGCCGAAUUCCCCUCCGCCCUGAACGCCUACCUCUCCGACGAGCUCGAGGAAUCGCCCGUCCGCAGCCUCCAGGAGCUGAUCGACUGGAACACCGCGCACGGCGAGAUCGAACUGCCCGCCGGCAAAGGCGACCAAUCCCACCUCAUCAGCGCCGCCGCCACGACCAGCGACGCGGCAGAGAUCACCGCCAUGCGGGACAAGCUGCGUGGGCAAGCGGCGACCCUCGCGCUAGACCCCCUCUUCGCCAACCUGUCCCUGCCGCCCAUCAACCACCACCACCACCACAACAAACCCACCACCGCCACGACCAAAGCAAAAGAAGAAGAAGAAGAAAGACAAGAAAACCAUCGCUACCGCCUCGACGCCCUCCUCGGCCCCGCGGACUCCGCCCUCCCGGACUACGCCGCCGCCGCCGGCUACGCCAUCGCGACGCUGCCGCUGGGCCGCUUCCACCCGCGGCUGGGGAGACCGGGGGCGAACGGCGGCGGGCGGCCAUACGGGCUCGUGGCGAUCGGGGCGCCCGGCGCGGACGGCCUGCGGCGGUUGGUCAAGGUGGCCAGCGCGUGGGAGGCGAGCUGGCAGGCCCGGGCGGUGCCGGACCUGGAGGGCUUGCCUCAUCGGAGGACGGUUUAG